AUGCUGGAAAGUUAUUUCCCACUGACAGUGCUUCCAUUGAAAUUUGACGAAAACCCAAAAGAUCAUCAAAGAAUAUACUAUUCAGAAAAGAGUGUUCUCAGAAUGUUUAGUAGCUCUGGAUAUAUCUCCAGCAACUCCUCAUUUCCUUCUAUUUUUGGAUUGGCCUCUCCGGAUACAGAUUGUGAAGUAAUUGACACUUUGUGUCCGCAGUUGACUCAAGUAUUCCAUGUUUCUGUUAACGGAUCGCCUCGUCUAGUCAGUUGGAGUGACUUAAAGGACAACGAGACUGCUGAAAUAAUAGAAGAAGCUGGCUAUGUUGGAUCAUGGCCUGGAUACUGUGGAACUACUGAUGGAGCACUCGUUGAAAUGUUUUCUCCAAUUUUGAAACAAUUCAGAUACGCUUCAUCGAAUGAGGAUAUUCUGAAAGCAAGAUGGAAUGAGGAUAGACAAUUUUGGCGUCCCACAAAAAUUAUUGGUUAUUUGUUCAAUGCAACAGUUCCACAUAGAACAAUCCAUUACCCAUUCAAUGCUAUUAAACCAUACGAAAAUGUGGUAUUUAACAAAAUUCUUCUACGACUCCGUCCCAUAAUUCGGGUCAAAAAUUCAGCUGGACUUGUUGCUUUCACCACAUCUUUCCGUGAUAAUGGUUAUCUAAAACAGUAUAAAUUCGACAAAGUUUACAACAUUUCGUUGAUUGAUCAAACGACAAAUGUUGCUGUAAUUUCGGAUGCAUGUGGAAAAAUGACACUGAUUUAUGAGUUUUUCAAUCCAAUUACAACGACAUAUCGAUUGAAAUUGAGAGAUGAUGAUCCAAAUGAAGAGAUGGUUAAAAGAGCCGGAUAUGUGUUCCGCGAGGAAUCAUCUGCUCGGCGGUGUCUUGGUGAUAUUCAGCCCAUCUAUGAAUUCCAAAACCCGGAGAAGCAAUCGGAUAUUCAUUAUUCUUCAUCUCCAGAAGAAGUCGCCGAGUACACUAAUACGAAAAAAUGGACGAAUCUUGGUCUAAUGGGUUUCACUAGCUGGGGUAAUUUUGCAUUUGCAAAGCGUUGA